GCUCGAGUGGAAGGAAUCCAAUGAUCAGAGAGAGAGCGCAGAGCAAAACGAGGAGUCGAGAAACCAAAAAAACAAAGAGCAAUAACCCCCGCAACGUCUCUCUCUAUCUCUUUCUCCAUCUUUUCGUUUUCUCCAUCCCUAGUAGCAAUGCAGAGGCAGUCACUAGGCUCUCCCGCCUCCAAGCUCCACUUCCAUGGCGGAUCCCUUCCCAAACACGACGACGACGCUGAGGGUUCCGCCCUCUCUCCUCAUUCUUCACUGCUCCUCGAUUGCGACGACCGGCGCCUCAAAACAGCCAAGAGUUCUCGCCGCCUCUCCUCUUCCGCUUCGUCUUCAUCAUCAUCCUCGCCGCUGCAGCCGACUCCGACUCCGGAGAAGCUCGUCCACCUGAUUCCGGUCAUCCUCCUCUUCUGCUUCCUCGUCCUCUAUCUCGUCUCUCACAAUCCCUCCCAAUCAAAUUCGCCGGAUUUUAUCCGCUUGAAGCACGCAGCUUCGAUCGAGAUUGAUUCUGCCGUCACCGACAGCGAGCUGGGCGAGCUGAAAGCCGGGGAGGUCAUCAUGCCGAUUCGAAGCUUCAGGAACUUGCAGGAGACGGCGGGCAGAGACAGGCGCAGAAUGUCCAGCUCACACCACCGGAAGUUCGCCGGUCUUUGAAAAAACGGAACUCCGCGCCGUCCGCAGCCACGAUAAGUUAAAAACUUAAUUUUCGUUCUCGUCCACCGACAGCUCCCCUCUUGCAUUGUAAAUCCGCAAAUUUAAUUUUAAUUAGUCGGUUAUGGAAUGUGGAUUAACUUUUCUGUUUGAUGUGAGCCUCUUUUGGCUUGUGCGUGACUCGUCUGGUUGCGAUUGGGUAUGCAAACUUUUGGGGCAUUGAUUGACUUUGAUAUGUGGGAUUAGUUUUGCCAGAUUAGAGAAAGCAACGUGAUUAAGGAAGCAUUUAAUUACGAUCUUAAUCUGUGGGUGCUCCUGUGUG